UUUCUGUCCGACUGAUCUCAGAUCAAACUGUCUAGCGAUGCGCGCCUCAGAAUGGCACAAGCUUCCCAUCACCCUCAAAGAGCUCUGUAUAAACACUACCCUUCGUUGCGGCCAAUCAUUCAGAUGGCGGAAGUCUGCGGAGGAUGAAUGGUCAUGUGCACUUCAUGGGCGGAUAUUAUCGUUCCGCCAGGAUGCUUCUCACCUUCAUUACCGUGCCAUUUUCCCUUCGAUGACUUCAUCUCCUUCUUUACCAACACCGCCGCCCCCCAAUGUUCCUUCGGCAACGCCUUCAGCAGCUUUUGGCGAUGAUGACAACACUCCUGCUCUCGUAAAUCACUACUUCAAUCUUCAACCUGAUCUCACCCAACUCUAUGACCAAUGGGCCGCCUCUGAUGCCAACUUUCGUAAGAAGGCGCCCAAGUUCACCGGAAUACGCAUUCUACGCCAGGAUCCUUGGGAGGCUCUAAUAGGCUUCAUAUGCAGCUCCAACAACAACAUAAGUCGGAUAUCCGGUAUGGUGCACAAUCUGUGCAAGCACUAUGGCCCACUAAUUGGCGACAUUGGGGAGGAAUCGUAUCACGACUUUCCCACACCUGAAGCACUGGCAGGGCCAGAGGUGGAAGCUCAUUUGAUGAAAUUGGGGUUUGGUUAUCGCGCAAAAUACAUUGCCAAAACCGCGAGAAUGGUCGCAGAAGAGAAAGGACUAGCAUGGCUGGAAGGACUUUGCAAUCCCGAAAGCCCCGUGUUCGGCAAAAUCAGUGCGCCGGCUGGCGAGAUGGCAGACGGUGGAAGAGAAGGAUAUAAGCAAGCCCACGCCGAACUACUAGCCCUCCAUGGCGUAGGACCAAAAGUGGCUGAUUGCGUAUGCUUGUUUGGGCUGGGCUGGUCCGAAUCAGUGCCUGUUGAUACUCACGUAUGGCAAAUAGCACAGCGUGACUAUAGAUUUGGCAAGGGAAAGCAUGCCAGUCUGACACAGGCAACCUAUGUUGCGGUUGCAAAUCACUUCCGGAAACUGUGGGGGAAAGAGGCGGGAUGGGCGCACUCGGUGCUCUUCACAGCAGAUUUGAAAGCCUUCUCGGAACGUAUCACAGCCAAAGUGGAAGUCAAGGAGGAGGCAGUUCUCGUCAAAACAGAACCUGGAGGUUCACUACUUGUUGAAGAAACAGCGAAAACGAAUAGCACGAAGAGAAAGCGCAUCAAAAAAGAACCAGAGGCAAAGGAACACCAAGUCCUCGAGGUCAAAGAGGCAAGGGUCACAAGGAGUAAGAAACCUAGAGUUUGA